CUCCGCAGAGGAAAGGUUUGCUCUUUCAUGAAGAAGAAAAAAAAACCCAUCAAUCAAUCACCAUCAUGAGCUUGUACAGUAUAUUCACUAUGCCCAACUUUGCUUCUCUCUUUCUGGCUUCUCUCAUUGUCUUCUCUUGUUCUUCCUUCACACUCUGCUCUGCUUCUGAAUCUGAAACUGAUGAUGAGACCCCCUUCACAUAUGUGGAAGGAACUGGGAAAGGCCCAAAAGAAUGGGGCAAAAUUGACUCGCAUUGGCGAUCUUGUGAUGGCGGAAAGCUGCAAUCUCCUAUUAAUCUUCUUGACCAACGAGUGCAAGUUUCAGCUAACCUUGGCAAACUUGAAAGGGAUUACAAACCAGCUCCUGCUGUUGUGAAGAACCGGGGCCACGACAUUAGUGUGAGAUGGAUAGGUGAUGCAGGCGAAAUAAGCAUCAAUGGGACUGAUUACAAAUUGAUACAAUGUCACUGGCAUUCGCCCUCGGAGCAUACGUUUAAUGGUUCGAGGUACGAAUUGGAGCUUCACAUUGUCCAUUUAAGCUCUAAUGGAGGAAUAGCAGUUAUUGCAAUUGUUUACGAAUACGGCCAUCCAGACCGGUUCCUUUCAAGGCUGUUCCACCACAUCAAAACAGUUGGGGAAAAAGAGAAGUAUUUGGGGAUUGUUAACCCAGGAGACAUCAAGUUUGGUAGCCGAAAAUACUACCGAUACAUUGGUUCUCUCACAGUUCCUCCAUGCACUGAAGGUGUUAUUUGGACAGUUAUCAAGAAGGUGAGAACAGCUUCGCGGGAGCAAGUUCGGGCACUAAGGGAUGCUGUUCAUGAUGGGUUUGAGGCAAAUGCAAGGCCUACGCAGGCGUCCGUUGGAAUACCUGUUUCUUUCUACACUCCAAGAGAGCACUGACGUUCUGCUUAGAAUUUAUGAGAAGAAAAACUAAGAAUACUCUGCUUAGAAUUUAUGAGAAGAAAAUCUAAGAAUGCUAUCCAAUGAAUUCGACUGAUGUACUCGAAAUUAUUGAUAAAAUGCACUAUUCAGCCCUUUUGUUAAGAUUUGAGCAUUAUCAGUUGGAUUCAGUCUACUUAUAAACUAGUUCUGCUAUGCUUUCUUUUGGCAUCUCAGCUUGUUCAACAGAGCAUUGGUGCUCUCGCCAUUAACCCUCUGUUCCAACAUGAUGCAAGUGAAGAACCAGUAUCCAUAGUUAAUUUUCUACGAGACAAGACAAGGUCAAAGAGUUAACAGAAUAACAGGUCAGGUGAUAUCAAGGGGGAAAAAAAUUGGAGAAGGUUUUAGGUUCAUUUGGUGAAAAAGUCGAGAGUUAACUGGUCAGCUGAGAUGAAGGAAAAUUAAAAAAAAUUGGAGAAGGUUUUAGGUUCAUUUGGUGGGGCAUGUGCCUUGAUUCUAAUGGCGAAAGUCUUAUAUCAUCUCCCCCUAGUUAGCAAUAUUUAAUCAAUAAAUUAUUGGUUUUUGGGUUUUGGAUUUUUGAGAGCAGUUGACCUAAAAGCAACCAUGGCACUAAUGAGAUUCAUCCACUCCAGCACAAAAGGUCAACUAACAGUUAUAGCAAAUUGAGAGAGAGAUCUGAAAAUUGCAUUCCUGCAUUGCAGUAUUCAAGUUGUACAUCCAGAAUUAGAAAACAUUGCUCCACUCUUAUUUAAACACGGUAAAAUCACAAGUACCCUCAAAAGAACUAGUCAAAUACUACCAUAGUAUUGUACCAAUUCACAAAACCUAAUGGACUAGUCACUCGGAUUACAUAAAACCAACUUCACAAGGAGAUUGCAUAAAA